AUGAGAGCUCAGAACAAUCUCACUGUUGAAGUUGACUGCCACUCAUUGGGUUCCAACGAGUGCCCCUCGAUGACUUCCAGCUUCUCACCCAUGGAUUCCCCUACACCAACCCCAACCAGCAUCUAUAGCCAAGGCUCAUUGGCCUCACCUGGGUGGCAAGACGCUGGAUCAUACCCAGGACAUGCCUACGAGCGACAUGCUGGAAAUGCGCCCAUGCGAAGUGCUUUCCGCUUAGCGGGGAUGACUUCCAAUGAGAAUCUGGGUAUGUCUUACGGUGGCAUGGAAGCACAGGACCGCAUGCCUAUGCCCGACUUUCUGUCCGCUUACGAUGAUAACGUGGAGCACUUUUGGCUUCCUUCGGAUGCGCCGAAAACCUAUGAGACCGGAACACACAGCCUCCCAUACCCCCACACCCUGCCCCAUUGCCCUCCUAUGGUUCGCAGCAACUAUCGGCCUCAUGCCGCGUAUCUGCCAGAGGCCGCCACCAAUCCUUGUUUAUCGCGAUCUAUUUUCCACCAUGCUGAGCGGGUGGCGCCAUCUAUGUCUAUGGGGAACAUGAUGCCGUGGAUUCCUCAGGCCACCGAGUCCAUUGCACCUCAAACCAUUGCCCCCUCUCAGGUCGGUCCGGUAACUCCGCCGCCCUCGUACUCUGAGUUCCCUACGUCUAUUCAGACUUUCAAGACACACAGCCCUACAACGCCAAUUCGUUCAUGCUCCAUUGGAACUGCAUCUGGCCCCGACACGCCCAUUAGCCGCUUGUCCGGUGGAACCGGAGACUAUAUGGAGGACUUCCAGCAGUCACCCCAGUUCCGUGACGGUCUUAAUCGCCUCCAACGUCAUCCCUCAAGAAAGAUGAUCAGGAAGCAGUCUUCUCGACAAAAUAUGUCUCUGGAGAACCUUCCGUCUAUUAUUAAACAGGUCCAGUUUAAGUGCAAGGAACCCGGUUGCAAAGGUCGCUUCAAGAGGCAAGAGCAUUUGAAGAGACAUAUGAAGAGCCACUCGAAAGAAAAGCCUCAUGUCUGCUGGGUGCCUGAAUGCGAGCGUGCUUUCUCUCGCAGUGACAACCUGAAUGCCCAUUAUACCAAAACACAUAGCAAGCGGGGUGGUCGCAACCGAUACGUUGCCACGCUUGAUGAGAGCAGCCCAGACUACGACCCGGACUUCCGGGGACAACUUACACAGGAUGGGCGCCCUAUUCGCGGCUCAACGCUAGAUGAUCCAAUGCCGGAUACUCGUGAAUACAGUGUUGACGUGUUAGACGAUUAAGUUUCACAGUACGAAAGGACAUUACGGGUUGAUCCUUAUAUGAUACCCUUUGACACCCGAAAUUUCUUUUGUCUUUAGAUGGCCACUGACAUGCGGGGCCUGGGCGGCCUAGGUCGGCGCUUCG